ACGUGUCCGGGCUCGUGGGCGGGGCUUGGGCGGUUGGCUUCCUGGUGGCCCAGGCACCAUGGCGCUGCGCUGGUUGCAGCGCGUUGAGCUCACGCUAUUCGCUGCCGCCUUCCUGUGCGGGGCUGUGGCGGCUGCGGCACUGACCAGGACCCAGGGCUCCUUCGGUGGUAAUUGCCCCUUGUAUGGUGUGGCUGCCCUCAAUGGCUCCUCUCUGGCCUUGUCAAGUCCCUCAGCCCCUUCCCUCUGCUCCUUUGUAGCUGUGGCUUCAGGCCUUUUGGCUCUCUACUGCCUUCUGCUUCUCCUCUUCUGGGUGUACAGCAGCUGCAUCGAGGAUUCCCACAGAGGUUCUAUAGGGCUCCGAAUUGCUUUGGCCAUCUCAGCUAUAGCCAUCUUCCUCAUCUUAGUGUCUGCCUGCAUACUUCGAUUUGGCACCCGUUCUCUCUGCAAUUCCAUCAUCUCCUUGAACCAUACAAUUAGCUGCUCUGAUGCCCAGAAAAUCUCAUGGACACCCCCUGGAACUGCUGUGCAGUUUUACUCCAACCUACGAAAUGCUGAAACCUCUUCUUGGGUGAAUCUGGUACUGUGGUGUCUGGUUUGGAUGCUCCAGGUCGUGCAGUGCAAGUCUGAAGCCACCCAGGCUCCAGAGAGGGGUGACCCAGAGUGGAGCUCUGAGACUGCUGCUCUUGUUGGGCACCGCCCAUCUCGCUCCUGAAGAAUGUUCAGCAUGUUCUCUGCAGCCAGAAGCUCCAUGCCCAAGAGCUUUCAAUCUUGUCUCAAAUACAGCCCUGUUUAUACUGAGAGCCUCAGUUUUCCCUCCAGGAGGGAAACAUUAGAAUAGACCCCCCCGCCAUACCUUUUCACCUUAACAUUUCUUUUUGUACCAAAAUAAUAUAUAUUACUUUUCUUCA